AUGACACUCCGUGUGGCAGCCCGUCAUCUGGGUCAGCCCGCGGCGCUCCCAUCAUCAAUCCUUGCCCUGCGGCUGGGACCUGCGGUACAAAUUCGUCACAAAUGGAGUCUCGGCAGCUUAUUUGGAGGAGGCAAGAGCGCGAAAAACGAUAAAGGCCCAGGCAUUGGCUCUGAUCUCGACAAACCGGAAGUACGCAAACGGUUCCUCAAAGCCUCGAAAUCCAAGAAGUCCAGCCGCGCCACGGCAGACGAACCAGCCGGAGUCUUCGCGGACGAACUGCUCGAGGUAGCAAGGCGGGAAGCUCUUACGCCCGAAGGCACUCACAUAGCCACCGACCCGGAUCCUGCCUCGCGCGUUCAAUGGCAGCGGCGCAAGGUUAUUCAAAUGGUCCGGCGGCGGGGUGUGCUCACGCCCCAAGAGCGCAUCAAAAUGACGGAGCGUGAGCUGUUGCACAAGAGUGCCUGGUUGCCAACAAGCACCAAGAAGCUUGUCAUGCUGUCUCGCCAAAUCGCAGGCAAGACUGUGGACGAUGCGAUUACGCAGAUGCAGUGGUCCAAGAAGAAGAUGGCCCGCGAAAUCAAGUGGUACCUCGAACAGGCACGCGACCUGGCCAUCACGCAGCAAGGCAUGGGCCUGGGUCGAGUCAACGGAGAGCUUCUCAAGCAGCCCAAGAAGAUCCAGACAAAAGACGGGAGCUGGAUGGAGAUCCGUGACCCAACACGAAUGUACGUUGCCCAAUCGUGGGUCGGCCGAGGCGAAUGGCGCGGGAAGCACACGGAUAUCAAGGGUCGCGGACGAAUGGGAAUUAUCCAAAAUCCCAAAGCUAGCUUCACCAUCGUCCUGAAGGAAGAGAGGACCCGGAUACGAGAAUAUCAGGAGCGUGAAGCUAAGAAGCUCGCGGAAGGUCCCUGGGUACACCUACCGAACAGGAAGGUCUACGGCCAAAGACCUUACUAUUCGUGGUAG